AUGAUCGAGAUGAUCCUGCAGCUGGGAGCGAGUCCAGAUGCGACGGACGAGUUCGGGCGCACUGCCCUCAUGCUCGCAGUGAUGCAGCAGGACCUGAAGGCGGCGGUGAUGCUGCUGGCAGCUGGGGCGGACGUGGAGGGUAUCGGCAAGACUUACAACGGGAGAACAGCGUUGAUGCAAGCUGCCUGCUCGGGCUCAGCUGAGCUGGUGAAGCUUCUCCUGAGCAAGGGAGCAAAUCCGGAGGCCAUGGAUCGCUAUGGCAGGAAUGUUGUCAAGCAGGCGGCGAUGAUGAGGAAGGAGCAGGUGGUGCGCAUACUUGAGGAGCACUUGGAUGUGGGAACGAGCGAGAACCCGUCGAGGACCCGGAGCGUGACGUCCGAGGCCUCACAGGAGGACGAU